AUGACUCACGAGUCCGUUUGGUACUCCCGGCCCCGCAAGUACGGCAAGGGCUCCCGCGAAUGCCGUGUCUGCUCUCACCGCGCCGGUCUGAUCCGCAAGUACGGCAUGAACAUCUGCCGUCAGUGCUUCCGUGAGAAGUCCACCGACAUCGGUUUCAACAAGGUUCGUGCCUUCAUCUUCUACCUCUGCCGACUCGAAGAACAACGCACCAGCACACGGGAUAUCACGUCGUUGGAGCCUUCUUGA